UUUUGGUGGUACCGGUGUUUAUGAGCGUGCAGAAGCCUUGUGUGUUUGGACGUAACGUUAUCUUUAAUAUUAAGAUUCGGAAUUUUCUGUUAUUUCUGUAAUUCUAAAAAACAAAAAUGACGGUCGGUAAGAACAAUAAAAUGCUUCAACAUAUCAACUACAGGGUUCGGAUAAUUUUACAAGAUUCGAGAACAUUUAUUGGCACAUUUAAAGCAUUUGAUAAACACAUGAAUCUCAUUCUUGGAGAUUGUGAGGAGUUCAGAAAAAUUAAACCAAAAAAUACCAAACAGCCAGAGCGGGAAGAAAAGAGAGUGUUAGGAUUUGUAUUGUUAAGAGGCGAAAAUAUAGUUUCCCUUACAGUCGAAGGUCCUCCACCUCCAGAAGAAGGGUUGCCUAGGGUGCCCCUUCCUGGAGCAGGUGGUGGAAUUGGUUCAGCAAGACCUGCGGGACGUGGAGUUCCAGCUCCUGGUACACCAGCUGCACCUGGUCUCCAAGGUCCAGUUCGUGGUGUAGGUGGCCCAUCUGCACAAGUUAUGACUCCAGCGGGGCGUGGAGGACAAGUUUCUGCUCCUCCUCAGAUGCGUGCUCCACCCCCAGGAAUGCCCCCAAUGAUGGGAGCUCCACCAAUGAUGAACAUGGCACCAGGAAUGGCGAUGGGAAGAGGUGGACCACCUCCUCAAAUGGGUGCUCCUCCAGCUCCACCUAUGCGAGGUCCCCCACCAGGAAUGAUGAGAGGUCCCCCUCCUUUUUAAGAAGAAAGAAAAUUUUGUUACCUUCCUUCUGUAAUUUUUUUUUUAAGUUUGAAAUUUACAAAGCCAAUGGAUGGCUAAGAUUAAUUUCUGACUUUUUUUUUGGAUACAUACCAUUUAUUUAUGUAAAUGUGCUCAUGUAUGUAUAUAUUUAUCUAUGCAUUUUGGAAAAAGAAUAUUUGUACUAAAUUAUUUGAUAAAUAAUUGUAGUAAUUAUACUUAAACACUCUGGUCUUUAUUU